CCAUACAGAGCAUCCGCGAAACAGGGCUGUGGUGAAGAGUCACCUCUCCAAGACGGAGGGAAACUAGUGCGAUUCUCUUCUACGGGCAUACGGACGCAAGGGCUUCCCAGCUGCAGUCCAGAAUGGACGAAGCCCCCCUUCCUCCAGUCAAUCAUGACCAGGUCCCGAAGAUGGUAGCGAGCGAGUCUGGGUGCCCUUGCAUGACUUUUUAGGACGAGCUUGCGAAGUGCAGCACACUUGGCUGCUCGUAUUCUUUUCAUUCAAACCAGCGGAUAUUUCUUUUACCAUCACUCGGUCCUACUGAUGGAACCUCAAGUAAGAAUCAGAGCGAAGAAGCAUUUCUCCUUGGUAAAGGCUAAGUUCUAGAAUGCUAUCGGCUCUGUUCGCUUCUGUUCAGUUAACUUUUACUGUAUGUCCUGAGAUUGCCGCUUGGCACAGCGUAUGCAAGGCUCUCACGACUACAGAGAGCAAAAUACCCCAGGUUCAAAGCUACCUUGCAUAUUUAUUCGGAUGCUUAGCUCGUAAGCGCGUUUCGCUGGCGAUUAGCUUGUGGGUUAAGGCCAAUAUGGUCCGCUUGGUCUACAGGUCAACCUGUAAGCUACAACCCCAAAACAUCCAGCCAUUCCCUCCGUACACCAACGGACGCCGCCGGGGGCAUCCAAAUUAUGCUACAACAUCAACUAGUGGGAUUUUUUUGUGAUUAUCAUGGCUAUUACGGAAGUGUUCUAAACUUAUGCUGCUCUGCCUCCUGACAGUUGACAUAUUUGAAGGAGUCUCAACGCCACAUCCAUAUCCUCAUUUUUUUGUCCUUUUUACCUUCUUACGCAAUUUAUUCCCUCGAUGGCAUUUAUCAGGUCUGUAUCUGAUUUUUCAUGAUACCGUCGUCUUUGAACAAUCGACUGGCGCCGCUAAGCCGUUAAGUGGCCACCUCGCAGGAAGGCUGACAUCCAUAUUUAAAAAAAUUACCGUUAUAUGCACAAUUCCAAAGCCACUUUCACUUACAGUGCUCGAAAUCAUACGCCUCCUUUGCACUAGUUGACCCAGCCAUUUACAGCCUGACAGCAGUUACGUCAAUCCAAUUGAGUCCGUUUCAAUAGAGGGGGAAAACGAUUUCUUCAAUAUGGCUUCAACAAAACAUACUCAGUCACUGCCGCCAAUCGCUCCAAAAUAUGGCAUGCCCAAGUUGUCAAGUUUAGACAGGGGAUGGGACCUGGAACCCUCUAAGCUUAAAAUGCCGACAAGGGUACGUUUACCUCCAAGGUCAAAAACAGGCUGCUGGUAAGCAGGAUCUGAACCCCGUUGUAUUUUGCAUGUAGCAAUUAACCGACUUUUUCUAACCAUUUUCUGCAACUUCAGGACUUGUAGGGUAACUAUCACCCUGUUGAUUCCUUUCACUACGUAAAUAAACCUCAGAAAUGCUCAUUUUUCUGGUUUUUGUAUUCCAUCCACAGGCGCGAAAAGGUAAGGAGCUGCGACAGCCUGUAUCCUCAUCCACAGUUACUGACUUUCUAUCUAGUAAAAUGUGACGAAGGCCAUCCAAGGUGUGGUGUACGUGCCCUUGCAACAUUCUUUUAUCUGUUAUACUUGUCCUAAUCAAAUUCAUAGCAAUGUACCCGGUUGGGUCAUGAAUGUGACUAUAGUCCGAGGCUUUCAUUCCGAGACGAUACGUUGAAGGUCAUGGAAAGGAUGCAAGAUGUUUCUAUAUCUGGAAAUGCCGUUUGGGACUGUACGCUCGAUCUUCUGUUAUCUAGUUGAUAUUGCGACUAACACUCCAGAUAAGCAUCGUCAUCAUCACCCUCGGAAGGAAGCUCCGGCUCAACUACCAGCUCGACUAGCGAUGAUAUCCUCCCUCCCUUUGCAUCAUUGACUACCGAUAUAGAGCGGGAAAUGAAAGCGGAGUGUUAUCUCCCUGGAACGUACCACGUCGUGGUCAACCCUGAUAGCUUCGCAAAUCUCACAGACGACAGUGAAGAUUCCCAAGACGAACUCCCUCCAAUUAAAAAGACUGUCAGGCCUUCCCAAUCUGCUUCCCAUAAACGAAAUACUUCCAAGUCUCGGCCUCGGUCAUCCACAGAAUCGUCAGACCCGAAUGUGGUGAUAUUGGCGAAAUUUGAAGACUCCAUGGCGUUAAAUACAAGCUACUGGAAAUCAAUGCGGUCAUCCCCACUGACUGUGACUUCUAGAUCCAAAUCACCUGAAGAUUAUGAGGAUAGCCACCUAAAGGACGCAAAUAAACCAAAACACCCGAUAUUUAUUGGAUCCACCGGCCAUUUGGAGGAUGCAAAGUUACUGAGCCAUUUCAGAGGGGUUGUAUGGAAGCACCUCGUUCAAGCUGCGCUCGGACAUAACCAUUUACAUGCUAGUCACAUCAACAUGCCUGGGGCUGAUAUCUUUGAAAAGGAAGCAGCCAACUUCCUACCUGUGAGUUUUUUUAAAAAAAAUCCUUAUCCCAUAUAGCAACACCGAUAACUAAUGCUCUUUUUUUCUGAGUAGCUUUUCCAUGCAAUGAUGGCCGUUUCUGCCUUAAGUUUAUCUCGCCAGGAUCCAUCGAAGAGCAUAGAUUCACUACAGCACUACCAAAAAACACUUCCAUUCCUCCAAACAAGUAUGAGAAGUCAUCAGGAUCUCUCGUCAGAUGGAGUAUUUUUGACACAUUUUCUUCUCUUAAUAUAUGAGGUACGUACAUCCCACUCUAUUUUCCCCCUUGGCCAACUUCGAUGCACUUACAUUUAUUUCUUGUUUAGAUUGCUGCUGCAGAACCAGGCGGUUCAAAUCUGUGGUCCCAUCAUAUCCAAAGAUUAAUACGAAUCUGCUAUAUGAGAGGUGCAAUAUUGCAAAAAGAGCCAUUUCCUUUUGUCGUUUGGUGGAUCUGUUGGAUUGACCUAUAUGCAUUGUUCAGCGGAGCUGGUACGGGUGACUUUGUGCGUAACUUACUAGCUCACGAUAUGAUACCCGCCGCCCUGUCACAGCUAUACCCUAUCGGCGAAGAUGGAAAAAGCAUAAUCUUCCCCGGAGAAGAGCACACUCUCCCAGUGAUGCUUCGUCUAAAUCGAGAUACCUUUAUCCUUGCUAUCAGACUUGGUAUCCUUGCUGCGGACUGCCGACGAGAUGCUAUAUCCCAGACUUUCCCAGACGG